AGCGGUAAGCAGCUAUAGAAAACUUUACCCUCGAGUUCCCUCUCGAAACUACCCACGAAGUGAAUAGUAAAGUCCCGCAUAAAUCGCCCCGACCCAACACGAAACCUUACUCCACUCUCGAGAGACCGAAAAGUUGACCCAAGAAUUUUUUUCGGAAGCAAAGUCCAACACUUUCGCUUAUAUUUUCACACCCGUUCCAUCUUGGAUGUAAUUAAUGUCGGGCCGUCCACGUCAGUGGCGCGGAUAGGUGAUGAUCGAGGACACUCGCGUCGCGAAAUAUCCUGUCACGGCAACGAAACGAUGUACUGCUUUCAGGAUGACGGGAGCGAAAGCAGUCAACCAUCCUCGGAGGGGAGCUCGGCUAGCGACACGUUUUGCAUCUUGGAGAGAGAUUAUGCGAGGAUAACAAAUGAAAUGAAGGCUAACGAGGCGCUGGCUCCCUUCACAGUUGAGUACGCGAGGCUCUACGAGUCCUUGUACAAAGCGCAUCAGAAUGAGAAGCAACUCUCCAGCCAAUGCGCCUCGCUCAAGGACGAUAUUGCGGACAGGACGUACAAGAUACACGAGUUGAGAAAGACAGUCGAGGGCCACGAGGACGAAAUGACCCGACUGAGGCAAGAAAUUGUCAGCAUGACCAAACUGGCGGACGCGGCACAUACACGUGAGCAAAACGCGCAGGAGAUGAUUGAGAACCUGCGACUAAACAUCACGAAACUUGGCUUGGAAAUCGAGCAGAAGAACAAACAGUUGGCUGCCGAGAAAGACACCACCAUUAGCAAGCAGAAGGAGGGCCUGUUGAAGGAACGGGAAAGGCUCGUGGGCGAGAUGGAGACUAUGCGGCAGCGCAUGAGGAACAUGUCCGAUUACAUAGGGGAGCUCGAGAGAAAGAGCACCGAGACCGAGGAACGAAUUAACGAGAUGCACGAAACGAUCGAGAUGCAAUUGAACGAGAUCUCGCGGGAGAGGAGGGGCAGAGAGAGGGCAGAAGUAGAAACGCGACAGCUUCAGGAGGAGAUUGCCGUAAAGAAAAACGAGCUCGAGACCGCAAAAGCAUCCAUCGAAGCCGGUACGAGUAAUAUAGUGAAGCUGGAGAGUCUGAUGAAGGAGUACAAAACAGCGAGCGAGAAGAUGCAGAAGGAGAUUAGCAAGCUAAUGUUGAAGAGGAUGAAUCUGCAAACGGACCUCGACAACGCGAACGCCGAGGUAGACAAGAUGGAGAAGGAGAUCGCCGAGAGGGAAAAGCAACUGAGGAACAUCAAACACGAGCUUAACAGGACGAGAGACGACAGCGCUAAAUGCAAGCAUGAGAAGGACAUGGUGGACAAGAAACUGUUGAAGGCCGACAUCGAGCGAACCAGGCUGGAGCGCGAUUUAAAGCAGGUCACGAUUGACAUCAAGAACACCGAGCACGAAGUGUUCACCUGUCGCAAGGAACAGCUCGACCACAAGCAACGCAUCGAGGCGUUGUUGCGGGAGAAGAACACCAUCGCUCGUAGCAAGGAAACCGUCCAAGAGCGCGUGAAGCGGCUGAAUCACGAGUUGGUACUGUGCCAACAGAGCAGGAAGAAAGUCGAACAGGAGUUGGACACGGUGAUGCAGAGCGUCGACGAAGUGAAACAUCAAAUGGAGGUAGUGGAGAAGGAGAGGGACAAAUACAGCUCGAUGGUACUGGGAUUAGAGCAGCAGAUAGAGGAUUACAUAAAGGAGGCCAAGCUGAAGCAAGUAGAGAUUUUCGAUUACAAGAAGCGUUUGUCGGAGGCCGAGACGAAGUACCGUCAACAGCAGAGCUUAUUCGAGGCCGUCCGUGCGGAGCGAAAUUUGUACAGUAAGAGCCUAGUCGAGGCACAGGAGGAGGUACAGGAUCUGAAGAGGAAACUGAAGAUCACGAGCCAGCAGGUCGAGCAAUUGAAGGAGGACAUUGCGACGAAGGAAGCCAGUUUCAUCAAGCAGGAAUUUCUGUUGGGGAGGGUCGAGAAGGAGAAGGAGAAUCUUAAGGUCGAGUUGCGGGGGUCUCGCAUGGAGGCCUCUAGCCUACGACAAGAGAUCGAGGAAGCGAAGAAGGAGGAAAAGUGCCUUAGGCAGGACAUACGGCAGGCGGAUAUCGACAUCGGGCGCCGGAAGAAGGACAUCGACAACGUUAUGAACGAACGCGACAUUCUUGGCACGCAACUGGUUCGCAGGAACGAUGAGCUGAGCCUUCAGUACAGCAGAAUAAAGGUUCUGAAUACAACACUGCAUCGCGGCGAGGCGCAGUACAAUCAGAGAUUAGAAGAUAUUAGACUGCUCAAGUUUGAGGUGAAGAGGCUUAGAACUGAGAAAGCACUACUUACGAAGAGCAUUGACAACGUAAGCAACCUGCGCCAGGAGGUUUUCCACCUAAAUCGCGAUUUGGCGAGAGAAAGGUUUAAAGUCACCGCACUUGAGGAGGAAGUUCAGACUCCGUUGAAUAUACACAGGUGGCGAAAGCUCGAGGGUACGGAUCCCACGACAUUCGAGCUCGUCAAGAAGGUACAGAUUCUACAAAAACGCAUUUUAAAACUAUCUACCGAUAUGAUUGAUAAAAACAAGAAGAUAAAGGACACGGAAAAGUUAUAUAUGAAUCUUCGCGAUGUCUUGUCGAAGCAACCGGAUCCACAGGUAGCGGCGAAUCUGGACAAGGUCCAGAAUGCCUUACGCAAGAGAGAAGAAAAGCUUAAAUGCCUUGUCGCUGAGCUAAACAUGUACGAGGCGCAGGCAGAAGAAUAUAAAGGGGAUAUGGCAAGAAUGGGUAACGAGAUGUGCGAGUUAAAAAAGAAAUACUACGCGCAAAAGAGGAAACUCCAGAAAAUGAAGGAAGCGAUCCCGAAAUCUACCCACGAGUCCAUUCUUCCUGGCAUCCUGCUAUCUAGUAAGAAAUUCUGCGGAGGUGGCUUCAGGAUGAUAACACCCACGUCGAAAAGUUGUUGCAUUCUGAAUUCCUCGAUGAGCAGAUAAGCAGGACCAGAUGGAUAAAUAGAAGAUAAAUGGGGAACGUUGCUAUCGAUCGCACAAGUGUUUUUACAAUUCCGUGUUUUUGUACGAUACAUGAAUUAAAUUACGGGAGACGCGGGAACAAAAUAAAUGUUAUAUGUUAUAUC